AUGGUUGAAGGUCCUGGGUGUACAUUAAACGGCGAGAAAAUCCGCUCAAAAGUCCACAAAGGACAGAAAAUGAGAGACAUCAGAGGAAGCUUGACGAGAAACAACUCGGAGGGAAAUGCCUUUCAGAGCUUGUGUGGCUGUCCGUACACUGGUGUUGAAACCUUGGGGAAGGAGCUCUUCAUGUACUUUGGCUCAAGAGCUUUGAGAGUCCACUUUGGUAUGAAUGGAUCAAUGCGAAUAAACCCUGCUGAGAGGAAGGAUAGGAAUGGCUCAAUCCCAGUGCUGGAAAUCCACCUGACUAACGACAUUGUGAGCUUCUUUGACAGCACUGCGGAAAUAAGGUUGACAGAGGACUGUGAGCAGAGGGUGAGAGCUAUGCAGAGUCUGGAUGUGUGCUCUUCCAAGUUCAGCUUCCCCCGUUCUGAGGAGGCAGUGAGGAGCCAAAGUAGCAGGAUGCUUUGUGACGUUCUCCUAGAUCAGGCCGUUAUGCCGGGAGUUGGCAACAUCAUUAAAAACGAAGCCCUGUUUGACUCGGGCCUUCACCCAGCCGUGAAGGUUCAGCAGCUGACAGAUCAACACAUCCACCACUUGGUGAAGAUGACGCGUGAUUUCACUCUUCUGUUUUACAAGUGUCGCAAAUCUGGCUCCCCUCUCUACAAACAUUACAAAGUCUACAAGCGUCCCCAGUGCUGCCAGUGCUUUCAUGUCAUCACAGCCUGUCGUCUUGGAGACAACAGCAGGAUGACUUACUUCUGUGAGCGCUGUCAGAAGGGAGAUCCCAGCGGGGUUGACGUCAGUACACUCCCCAAAAGGAACAGUCUGAUUGGCUGGGCAUACAAUGAGGGAACCAAUGACAAUGUGGCUAAGAGGGAGGAAGAGGACUGGGCCUGUCAACUCUGCACACUAAUCAACCUGCCAGCAGCAAAAGCCUGUGAUGCCUGUUUCACUCCCAGACCUGAGGUCCACAAAGACAACAUUAGCACUGAAGCAUCUCCCUUCACUGCUGAUUUGAUGAAAUACCCCUGCACUGCCUUUAAGAAACCACAAGAGGAGCUGAAAGUCAACUGGAGGUCUGCGUUUGGGACUUCAACCCUUGUUUUCUCUGACUUGAGCAAGAAGCCAAAGCGUGUAAAGUCCCCACUCUCUCUAGCUGGCAGUCAUUUGAAUUCCUUGGCGGCAGAGCGAAGUUUAUAUAAAUACAACGUCUGCCAAGGGACAACAAGCCCCAAUUAUGCCUCUGGUGGCUGGCAGAAGCAAAGUGCUGAGCUCUCCAAUGGGGAAUCACUGGCCUCCUACAGUCACCCAUCCAAGAAAAUGAGAAUUGAUCACAGCCCCUUUCCCAGUAACAAUGCUCAAAAUGGAACCCCCAAUUCAGGUAUGCACAAAACAGAAACGACAAGCAGCAGCUCCUCCAUUUCUUCCAGUCCCAGUGCCCCUUGUUGUGAAUCCCAUCGUCGUCCAGCUGUCCUCAGAGUGGUCCACAAGGAGGGAGAGAAUAAGGGACGACAGUUCUAUUCCUGCUCACUUCCCAGAGAGACGAAGUGUAACUUCUUUGAGUGGGCUGACUUAAGCUUCCCUUCUUGUCACCAUGGGAAACGAUGUUUAAUGAGGACGGUCCUGAAACUAGGACCCAACAACGGCCGGAAUUUCUACACCUGCGGCUUUAAAAAGGGUAAACAGUGUGACUUUUUCCAGUGGGCAGAGAACGGACCGGGUAUAUCAAACCUGCCUGGCUGUUAAAAUGUCCAUGUGUUUAGCAAUACAUUAUUUCUAAAAGAAACCCUGAUCC